AAGCUCUUAAUAGUAAAAUGAAGGUUCUAAAACAAUCUAAAAAGACUACCAAGCACCAUGAUCCAUUGUCACCUGAUGAAUUAAAGACAAUAUUUAAUCAUGAAGCAUUGUCGAUUAAUACAGCCAAGGGACUCCAAUAUCAGGUGUUUAUGUGGUGUUGUCUUCUUUUUGCUCUGAGUGGUGGUGAACAUAGUCAAAUGAAGGUUACAUGGUUUACUUUUCUUAGUGAUGGAGGGAUCCAGUUUACAAAGUUUUCUCAAAAAAAUAACCCAAGCAGUAUUGAAGGAAAUUUGGAUUCGCUUAUGAUACCAGUACUAGCAGAUCCUGAAGG